UGACUUCUCAAAGCCUCUUUACUCCAUGAUCCACAUGAGCUGAGCUACUACGCGUCUUUAGCUGUCAGUCCACAGUCCACAGUCCAAAGCCUUCACCAGAUGCAUACUUAAAUCCCAAAUCAUAUAUAUCUCAGCUACUCAUCACCUCCACCUUCCUCACUCAAAUCCAUGGCUUCCAAACUCAACCUCCCAUGCCUCUUCCUCUCCCUCUUCAUCACCAUUUCUGUUGCAGAACUCUGCCACCAAGACGACAAGAAGGCUCUCCUCAACAUCAAAAAAGCCUUCAACAACCCCUACAUCCUCACCUCCUGGGACCCUCAAACCGACUGCUGCCACUGGUACUGCGUCAAAUGCAACCGAACCACCCACCGCAUCACCUCCCUCACCAUCUUCGCCGACGACCGUCUCUCCGGCGAAAUACCACCCUACGUCGGCGACCUUCCAUUUUUAGAAACCCUCAUUCUCCACAAACUCCCAAAUCUCACCGGACCCAUCCACCCCAACAUAGCCAAACUCCAUAACCUUAAAUUCCUCGACCUCAGCUGGAACAGCCUCUCCGGUCCCAUCCCUGAUUUCCUCAGCACCCUCUCCAACCUCUUCGUUCUCAGCCUUUCCUUCAACAAUUUCAACGGAACCAUUCCAAAUUCUCUCUCCAAACUCCCAAAUCUCGGCGGGUUACAAUUGGACAGAAACAAUUUGACCGGAGAAAUCCCAGAUUCGUUCGGGUACUUCACCGGAGAACAGGCCCCGUCUCUGUAUCUUUCACACAAUCAACUUUCUGGGAAAAUCCCAUCUUCCUUGUCGAGAUUGAACUUCACUUCCAUUGAUUUGUCCCGCAACAAGCUUAAAGGCGACGCCUUUAUGAUAUUUGGGUCAAAUAAGACCGUUCAGAUCGUUGACUUGUCGAGGAAUCAGCUGGAGUUUAACUUGUCGGAGGCUGUGUUUCCUCAGAGCUUGACUUCGUUGGAUGUUAACCAUAAUAAGGUGUUUGGGGGUUUGCGUCCGGAGAUGACAAAGCUGAAUUUUCAGUAUUUGAAUGUGAGUUAUAAUCGGCUGUGCGGUGAGAUUCCUGUUGGCGGAGAGCUGCAGAAGUUUGAUGUUUACGAGUAUUUUCAUAAUAAGUGUUUGUGUGGCGCACCGCUGGGUAGCUGCAAAUGAUGGGACUUUGCACGCAACUUUGAGAAUACUGAAUAAAGUAAGAGGAUUUCAAUGUGUUCCUUUAUUGCAACUUCACAUUGCAACUUAUUACAAGUCAAAUCUAAUCAUUGGGGUUGCACGAAGAUCCAAGUUUGAUUCAAAUUAAGUUUAAGUCUAUGACAGUGUCAGAUCGUGUAAUUGUCUAAAUCCGUCGCUAGUAAAUAUUGUUCUCUUUCGACUUUUC